AUGAGCAAAAUACGAUCAAAGCGUUCAAAUCCCUCCUGUAAAUACAAUAUCGAAUUUGAUUCAAGAAAACAAUGGCCACAAUGUGCAGAUAUAAUUAACAUUAUUAGAGAACAGGGCCAAUGUUCGGGGUGUUGGGCAGUUGCAAGUUCAUCUGUGUUUACUGAUCGAUACUGUAUUGAGAGAGCUAAGAAAGGCUUAAAAACGCCAGUUUCUGAUCCUGAUAAUCAAUCAUCUGAUGAGGAAAUUCUUAGUUGUACAUUACCAAAUUACGGGUUAGUGCCUUAA